GUCAGUCAGCUGGUGUUGUUGUUUAAAGGUUCAGAGUUUUGCCACCACUGCUCAAUCAGGGAUGCUAUUCCGGGUUGCACAGGUCGUGUUGGCUCAGAGAAUCUAGUGCAGCUUCCUUAUCGAGAAAACUGGUGUUAGAAAUCGUGUUCGUAGAGCUUCUCUUACCGUUGAUCGUGUUAUUGUGCCUAGUAGCAGCUAGACGUCUGUUGAGUGUUUGUGCAGCAAUCACUGCAAAGGACAGCCAGACUUGUGUAGCGUCUGCGGUUGUGGUCCGUAACCAACAGGACCAAUCAAGAUGAAUCUAGACUGUUUGCUCAAAGCUGCCCAGAAAAAUACGUCGAACCCGAUUCAGAAACGCUGCUCACUCGAGAUCGGUCCUGCAAAAAAAUUGCCGAAAAGCAAAGUUGACCCGAAUGCGAUUCGUGCUCUUCUGGAGCGAAAGGAAAAAGAGCGCCGAGAAGAGCGUGACACGCUCAUCUCAAAAGCAAUAGCUUCGACAAAACGAGAUGAUAUUCACUAUAAAGAUCACAAGGGCCUCCGGAAACAGGAACAGGGAUGGAGUGACAAAUGCAAACGCCAAUGGCUCAAAGUCCAGCGCGAGCGACGUGAGUUCAUUAACCAAAUGCACCGGGCUGCUGAUGAACGCGACAAACACAAACGACCACUUGACAAAGAAAAAGUUAUGCUUUCUGUUAAGAGCAAAGAGGAGCAGGCGAGAGAACGUAAGAAGCGGAAGCGGAAGUACGAAAUCUUCGAAGGAAGCAUGGAUACGUCGCGCAGGAACAAAAUUCGCCUCUCUGUAGUACCAGGCGGCGCUGGCCCGAGGGUCAGUGAUAUUAGUGAGUUGAUGAAAAUUGCCCAAAAUAAUGCCGAAUCCGGUUCGUUUGGAGCCGACUGUAAUCUACCGUUUGACCUAUCGUCAUUGAAUAAAAACAAUUCUGAUGAAGAGCCACGACUUAUGACGAACGCGGAGAAGCGCCGUAUUGCCGAAGAGGAAGCUAUCAUGCGAAAAGCAGCUUCUAGCGGCAAUAUUCCGCGGAUUCCGAAAAUUGCUAGUGCAGCUGCUAACGGUAAUGGAAGUGGUAAGCCCAUAAAUGGAAUCGGCCGAAUUCCCAAAAAGGGAGAACAGAUCAAUAGCAGCACAAAUGGAGCUAUAAAAAGCAACAGUUACAGGGAACAUCAGCCCUUCUCAUCCGCCUCAAAAUCGUCUUCAAGGUCGGAACGGUCUCGCUCAGAAAGGGAUCUUCACAAAGAUUCAAAAAGCGGCGGUCACCGAGACCGGGAGCGAUCGUCAAGCAGUAGUCACAAAAGUAAGGAUAGCAGAGAGCGGAUGGAUAAGGAUCGGCACAAAGACGUGCAGCGAAAAGAGUUUCGAGAUCAUAAAGAGACAAAGGAUCGACAUAGGGAUCAUGGUAAAGAGUCAAAGGAGAAAUGCAGCUCCCAGAAGAGUAGCAACAUCAAUAGCAAACUUCUAGAAAACGGGCACUCACGUCAACAUCUGAACGGCUCCGUCGCAACGUCUAAAAAUAGCCAAAGCCGCGAUACCGAUCGUCUCGCUGCAAGCACAGAACAAUCUUCAAAAAAACUUUCACAACUGCAGGUACUGUCAACUGGAGGUCGUGUUGCAGCCUCUCUUACUGGAAAUAAUAACCAAUCAAUGCCUGCUGCAGAUAGAGAGCGGCUUCGCGCCGAGACGGCGCGUAAACUCGAGCAGCUGCAGAAGGAGCGGAUGAUGGCUGAAGAGGAAGAGCGUAAAAAAAGACUUGCAGCAAAGAAACUGCGUCAGGCUGAAGAGGCACUUUUGAAAAAGCGACUUCGAGAAUUACAAAAUAGUGGGGCAAUGGACUCGGAUUAUGAAGAUGAUGAGUAUGACUAUGAAGAUGAAGAUCUCGAUGCAUAUGAAGACGAUUUUAUUGAUGAUGCUCCUAUUGACGAUCCCUAUGCAAAGAACUAUUCGAAGGACAUUGCCAAGAUCUUCAAAUAUGACAAACGAAAAUAUCAGGAUAUGGACGAUGAUGACAUAGAGGAAAGCACAUUCAGCCGCUGCAUGGCUGAAGAAGCACGAUCGUCCCGAAUUGGCCGCCAGGAGGAUCUAGAAGAUAUGCGACGCGAACAGGAGGAAGAACUUCGAAAGUCCAAAUCGAAGAGUCGGAAACUCGAGGAACUGGCUCAAAAACUUAAACAGAAAAAAAAGCUUACUUUAUGUCCGGUUUGAGGGAGCGCGAUACAGUGCCCAUAUUUGGUGCUAGUUUUCAAAUAAGUUUUACUGUUCGCCGCGAAGCCUAAUGGAUCAAAAAGCAAGCCGCUAACAGUUAACUGAAUCCGUGCCAACGGAUUUAAACUAAGUAGAGAAACAUUUCGACGGCAAAUCAAUCUGUUGAGACAGAAAAUGACACGUGUACAGUGAGAUAGGCGAUUAGAAUGAACUAAUUCCUUGUUUAUUUGUUAUAAAAAAAUUCUUAUAUUUAUA